UAGUUGAGUUCUCUACCCACCAUCAUUUAAAUAUUACUUUAGCCUCACUGCUUUGAUUCUUGCUUGAUGAUGGGGGUCCUAAGACCAGAGUGCCAUGAAGGAGAGAGACAGUCCAGAGAACAUGCAUCAUGGUUCUUUAGUAGCCACUUGGUUUCCUUGCUCUUUCCGUUUCUUAGAGUUCAUAGAUUCAAAUGUAACCAUCUGCUUAUACCUGCUGUGAUAAUUUCCUAAAUCUUCUUGUGCAAAAUGCAGAUGUACUAGCUACUCCUUUGAUGGCAUCUGCGGGAGUCUAUACAGGCAUCCAGGGGCUGAUUCUCCAGCAGGGGAGAUUUGGCAGUCUUUUGACUUUUUUUCCAUUGAUCUGUUUAAUUAUUUAUAUGUUUAAAAUAUUUCUGUAUUACUUCUCUUUAUAGAAAGUAAGAAGCAGACAAUGAAAUUAUUCCUCUGGAGGGAGUGUUAUCCAGAACGUAUAUUUCUACUUUCUCUUUUGCAAGCCAAGCAAGAGUACCAUGGAUAUUGCUUUUAGAAGACCCACGUUUCUCAGCCCAUUGAAAAUCGGACCAGAACCCUAAUUGCUUCUCUGGAAGUUUUCAUGGUAAAUGCUAGGAUGGAGUACUCUGAAGCCUCCAGUGCUCCAGACUUGAUGGACAUGCUGUCUGAUGACAGAAAAAAGGAAUUGAGCUCUGACCCUGGAGAGCGCUUGAAUCGGACUUGGGAUCUGCUUGCAUUUUCUGAAACUUGCCAGGCUGAAAAUAUUACCCCCCCUUCUUCUUUGUGUCCUGUACAGGAUAGGUUGGAGGGUGUUCACUGCAGGACUGAAAUACCCCCUGAAAAGCCUAUUUCAGUGUUAACUCAGAAUCAUUUUGAAGUAUUGCACCCUGAAGUGGGCCACCCUGUUUCAGAAAGCUUGGACUUCUCUGAGAGAUUUGGACAGCCUCUUGAGCUGAUAAAAAGCCUGAAAAGUCAGGAUAAGUACAAUAGUGAUGCUACCCAAGCUGUUUUUUGGGCUGGUAUCUUACAAGCUCAGAUGUGUGUCUUAGACCUUCAAGGAGAGAUAGAUAAGCAGAAAGAACCUCUGAAGACUCCCAGUAUGAACUCUAAAAACAUGCCAGUGACUGUCGUGUCCGUGGACUCAGCCACCAUCAGUGAACCUUUGUGCCUGGACAGUGAUAGUGGGGAGGAGCCAGAAGAGAAUUUAGACAACCAGGAGGAGGAAGAAAGUGAAGAGGAGGAGGAGGAGGUUGAAUACUUAUUUUUUAAUAACCCACUCUUUCAGGAAAGUCCUCACUUAACCAGAACUUUUGAAGGACAAGUCAUGUGGGAACAACCAGAGGGAGAAACUUCCACUGAGAAUCACAAGAAAAUUUUUAAGAGUGAAGUGGAUUCUGGAAACCAUGAUGGUGACUUGUUUUACCAGGCAAAUGUGGCAAUAAGCCCUGUGGCCAGGAAUUCUUUUCCUGUAUGUGAUGCUAACGAGGACAUAUCCCCUUGCUCUUUUCCAAGCUAUGUGUCCCACUAUCGUUCCUUGUCUCCUUUGGUGAUCACAGAAAGAGAUCUUGAAAGUACGUGCUCUUUGGCAGAGAAUUCAAAGGCUCAGGGCUGUUUUCUGGAUCCCCUUCAAAGAGAUGUUCUGGGAAGCGUUGCUCCAGAUGCAGACCUCCCUGUGUAUUUGCCAGCCGAAGGCCUGCUGUUUUCUGCCUCCAGCACUUCUUUGAUGUCUGCUUUGCUGCAAGAGUCGAUGGAGACCUGUGCCCCUCACAAGCCGAUGUCUCCAGGAAAGAGCAGCUGCAUCCCCUCCAGCUUCCAGGCCCUCUCGGGGCCCCCUGCAGAACACAGUCUGCAGCAGGAGGAGUGUGGGCCAGAAGCCCCGUCCCUGGGCCACCUCCCAUCUUCCUGCACGUGGCUAGAGGAGCUUGAAAGAACUUCCUCCCUACAGAAGGAUGUUGCUAGAGCAGAUUCGCACUCCAUCCCACCUUGUGGUGCAGAGCGGAAGCUGAUGAGCUCAGUGGAGAGGCUCAAGAUGGUGGAGCUGCCCACUGUGCAAAGCGAUGGGAGGUCAGAAGGCAACGAGGAAGAGCCAGUGUCACACUGCCCUGAAGAACUCGGAGAGGAGUUUGGCAGCACAGGGGAGUGUCUGCCUGCCAUGGGCAUAGCGGAACCAAGUGGCACCCUGCUCCUUGCAAACGGCACCUCUGGAGACCAGGCCGCAGCACACAGGCUGGCAGCUCGCCUCUACCACCUGGAUGGGUUCAAGAAAUCCCAGGUGGCUGCCUUUCUCCAGAAGAACAACGCCUUCAGCCAGAUGGUAGCCGAAGCCUACCUUUCCUUCUUCCAUUUCUCUGCACAAACUCUGGACCAAGCCCUGAGGUCGUUUCUGAAGUCGUUUGUGCUCACUGGGGAGACCCAGGAGCGGGAGCGGAUCCUGCUGCACUUCUCCUGGCGCUACCACUGCUGCAGUCCAGAGGCCUCUCUCAGUCCAGACGCUGUGCAUACGCUCACCUGUGCCCUGAUGCUCCUCAAUACUGACUUGCAUGGGCAGAAUAUUGGCCGGAGCAUGAGCUGUCAGGACUUUGUUGCCAAUCUCGCAGGCCUGAAUGAUGGCCAGGACUUCUCCAAAGAGCUGCUGAAGGCACUGUAUAACUCCAUCCGCCAUGAGAAACUGGAAUGGGCUACGGAUGAGGAAGAGGCACUCGGUGCAGAGACACCCCUGAGUCCUGCAAACACCCAAAGGAAAAACAACCCUUUUCUGACUGUGCAGCAUGACCCUGGGGCAAGAGUCUACCAGCAGGGCCUUCUUGCUCGGAAGGUGCACGCCGAGGCCGAUGGCAAGAAGACUCCCUGGGGCAAGCGAGGCUGGAAGACCUUCCACGCUGUGCUGAAGGGGACUGUGCUGUACUUCCUCAAGGAUGAGCAGCCUUUGGAGGUCUCGGGCUCAGAGGAGUUCGUCGGGGUACAUCACGCCCUGGCAGAGAAGGCCAGCAAGUACACCAAGCGGCCCCACGUCUUCCGGCUCCAGACUGCGGACUGGCACGUCUUCCUCUUCCAAGCCCCAACUUUUGAAGAAAUGACUUCGUGGAUGUCCCGCAUCAACCUCGUGGCAGCCAUGUUCUCUGCCCCACCCUUCCCUGCAGCAGUGGGCUCCCAAAAGAAAUUUGUAAGACCCAUUCUGCCAACUGCAGCCUGCAAGAAUUCCCUGGAAGACCAGCACCUGGCCCACGAAGCCUGCAUGGACAGGAUGUCCCAUGAACUGCUGGAGCUCCAGCGAAAUCUGCCGGAGAAGCGCGGGCGCGGGCGUGAUCUGGAGGAGUACCAGCUCAGGAAGGAGUACUUGCUCUAUGAGAAGCGCCGCUAUGAGACAUACGUGAAGCUCCUGGAGGUGAAGCUCAGCUGUGCCACAGACGACCUCGACCAGUGGGAGGCCCGGCUGACGGCCGCGGGUGAGAGCUGCCCUGGCCUGCAGAAGUCCCACUCCAGCCCGUCCCUGAAUGUGGACGGGCCUCCUGUUGGGGGGGGCAGAGUGAAGCGGAACAUCUCUGAGCGCAGGACGGUGCGCAGAAUCAUCCCCAGGCGCAACAAGCACUUGUUGUGACCACCUCUCCAGGCCGGUUGGGGUCGUCCUUCGGGUGCAGCAGGAGGGCUGGCGGAGGGCUGCUUGCUCAAGCCAGAGUGACUGGCAGUUGCCUUGGCUGGACACCACAUAGCUCUGCCUCACAGUGAAAUAAGCCCGAGACUCCAGCCUGGAGCCCCCUCUGGCUCCACAGACACACAGCCUUUACAGGUGCCUGGUGCUGGAGAUGCCUCAGGAGGGGCUGUUCAGCUCUGCUGCUGGGACUCGGCUUGCCCUGCCUUCAAAACUCCUCUCUCCAGCUGCCCCAGGGGCAACCAGGCUCUGUGUGCCAGUAGAAGGGUGAGGACUCGGGACUCCUUUGUGGCAUCGGACCCUUCCACCUGUCAGAGGAUGGACUGUGCUGCUGGGAGGGGAAGGUCAUUCUGGGCACUUCCCUUCAUUGCUGCACCCGCAUCUCUUCUUUGGGAGAGCCUCUAGAUAAAGCCACAAGAAACUUUUGGAACAAGCUGUCAAGUCUGAGCCUGUCUACCUCCUUAGGACCCCUGAAAUUACCAUCUCUCAUCUCUCCCUGGCCUGCUGCCCCGCCAAAAAAACUAUUUACUCACGAAACCCAAUGCAGCGUGGAAGUUGGUCUGUUUUGCUUCUGCCAAGAAGCUUUAACAAAGAAUGGGACUUAGAGCCCUAGGGAGAGGAGCUUUGUACCCUUCCAGCCUCGGGUGGCAGGACUCUCAGAUGCUGCUCCUGGUGGCGCUCUUUCUUGCCGUGACCCGGGCAACAGCAGCCACGAGUAGUGGCAGAGGCCAGCCCCAUUCCUCCAGGCUGCUCUUCAGAAUGGAACGCAGGUGUGGUGAGUGGUGGCUUGCUGCUCCUCAGUGCCUUCGUAGUCGUCCUUGUGGGUUCCAUUUCUGCCGAGGGGCUGGACCACGCUGUCUGCCAAGCAGAGAAGAACUUUUCUUCAGAGACAUCCCCAGGCCUAGUUUGUGCAUUGCCAGAGGGAAUCACUUCUUGGUCUUCCACCCUAUGAGAGUGGGGACGGGCCCCUCUGCGUUUGAGGGUGAGAAGGAGAAGUGGUGGCACCAGAUGCGGCUAAGCCGAAGGUGAGCAGUGGCUUGGGUAGGCUGGCGAGUCUGGCUCGGCUCUAGGCUGAGGGUCAGGCUUCCAUCUGGGUGAAGGUGAGAAGGUGCUCCUGGGCAGGGCGGUCAGAGACAAGGCAUUGGUGUCAUGGCCAGCUUGGAGCCUGCAGAGGAGGAGAAGGAGGACCACCUGUGGAACAGCAGCCUGCCUCAGAGCAGCAGGGAGACGCUUGGGGCCAAUUCGGCUGUGGAGCCUGAGGAGCAGCUAGAGACAGCAGAGGACACGGGGCCUGGCCCAGGGCCGCCUCCUGGUCCUGAGGCAGGAGGGCCGGGCAGAGGGCGGAACAGAGGAGGUCUGCGCAGCCCUCACCAGGCGAGGGCGUUCCCACCAGUGAUUGCCUGCAUUGGUGGGACCCUAUUUCAGAGCCAUCCUAGCGGGCAGCCCUUUGUCGGGAACAGCCACUCCAUUUUCUGGAAUCGCCAUUUGCCUCUGAAACCCUGUGCCCUGAACCCAGACUGGCUGCUGACCUGUGGCUACUCUACAACUGGACUGCGCCCUGAUGAUGCUUCUGCCCACUCCUUGGAACUUUGCUGACUGGGACUUCGUAAAUUUUGUAGGGAUUUGGGACCAUGUGAAAUUGAGUGUGCAUCCGCAUUCAUGCCCUGCCUGCUGCUGCUGUAAUUACUUUACCAAGUAAAGCCUUGGACUGUUCUUGUGCGUGUGCGUGACUUUGGGACUGUUCCCAGCCCAUUAACUCCCAGUUGCCUCAGGAGUAAAAUUCUGCUACCAGCCAUACUGCACCCAAUUUGCUGCUGAAAAUGCCCAGCUGACCCAGCAGCUCGCAUUACUCCCAGAACAGCUUCAAGCACUUCAGCCUCAGCUGUGACCCUCCCCCACCACUGAAAAUGCCCCAUUGCGUGCCCAGAAAAAUUUGACGGGACUCUGUGCCAACUUGGGCGCAGCACAGUCUGCAGUGAACCUGCACCCUGAAGACUUUCCUCCAAGUGGUUUCACAUGGGCUUCGUUACUAGUCUGUUGCCAGAAGCCACUGCCGGAUGGGUCACGCUGCUGCUAACACAGCAGAGCCUCUGCCGGAGAACUCCGCUGGAAUCAGCCGUCCUCCCUGAGCCCCGUGCUCUGACCCAGUCGAGGGUCAAGCAGCAAAUCGUCACAUUUGAGAGCUUAAGGAAGGGCGAGGCUGAGUAUGUAGGUACAUUUAAGUUGAAUGAUUAUCUUUAUUAUGGUCUUUGGCCAGCCUUUACAAUAAAAUAGUUUAAUCCAGCAAUCUGUUGUCAGGAAAAAGUAAGACAAUAAAACAGUGAAACAAUAUAUCUAAUAAAAAGUUUUGCGCAAUUGUAUAA